GUAGGAAAAAGUGGUACGAUUAAAAACAUAACAACAUCACCGGCUUCCAAUAUUUCUCUCUGUUUCUCCUCCCUCUUCCGAACCUCCAAAUUUUCAUCCUCCAUCGGCGAUGUUCUUAUGAAAUUAUUAACUUCUCAGAGUUCGGUGGAGAUUUCUGGCGGUGUAUCAUGUUAUAUUGCUUGGGGGAAAUUUCAAUUUUUCCGAGGACAGCGAAUUGAGAAUUUGAAGAAGCUUAAAUCUUGAGAAGAUAGGGAGCGGCGCUUUUCUUCUGUUGUCAAACCUGAAAAGCUUCUGGGCUGAGUGGUUCGAUUGGACAUUAUCAUCAUGUGUAGAACAUAGCUACAUGAUUCACACUUUAAAGAAGAAUUGUAAAUUGAAGAGCUGUUGCAAAUGUCAAAGACUGCAUCCACCAAACCAAGGAAUCAGAAGUUUUCAUCUUCUUCUCAAAAUAAUAGGGAAUCAAAUGGAGCUUCAGAAAUGGAUGAUCCAGAAAGCACUACAUCCAGAGUUGCUAAAUUUAUCGAACAGCUGCAUGCAAGCAAGUCCUCGCCACCUGAGAAGGAGCUUAUUACAGCCCACUUGUUGGGCAUUUGUAAAGCAAGAAAGGAAGCCAGGAUGCUUAUUGGAACACAUAGCCAAGCAAUGGCUUUGUUCGUAUCCAUACUUAGAAGUGGAACAAGUUUGGCCAAGGUUAAUGUAGCGGCUACAUUAAGUGUCAUGUGUAGAGAGGAAGAUUUAAGGGUAAAGGUCUUACUUGGGGGUUCCGUCCCUCCUUUACUAUCAAUGCUGAAAUCAGAAUCAAAUGAAGCACGGAAGGUAGCUGCAGAGGCACUAUGUGCUAUUUCCUCUUGCGGACUUGCUGCUGAUCAUGUUGGAAGGAAAAUAUUUGUCACAGAAGGGGUGGUGCCCGCCUUAUGGGAACAAUUAACUCUCAAAAAAAAGCUGGACAGAGUGGUAGAAGGCUAUGUCACGGGGGCUUUGAGAAAUCUUUGCGGGGAUAAAGAUGGUUAUUGGACUGCAACACUUGAUGCUGGUGGUGUUGAUAUCAUAGUAAGGCUUCUCUCUUCUGACAAUUCAGUUGCUCAAUCUAAUGCGGCCUCUCUCUUGGCCCGGGUGAUUCUGGCUUUCAGUGAUAGCAUAGCUAAAGUACUUGCUUCCGGGGCAAUCAAUUCUUUACUCAAACUUUUGGCUCCAGAGAAUGAUGUUUCUGCACGUGCCAAUGCAGCUGAUGCCUUGAAAGCCCUAUCAUCCAGAUCACCCAAGGCUAAAACAUCUAUUAUUGACGCUCAGGGAAUACCACUACUUAUUGGGGCUGUAAUUGCACCUUCUAAAGAAGGUAUAAAAGGAGAGGGGGCACAAACUCUUCCGCAACAUGCAGCAAAAGCUUUAGCUAAUAUAUGUGGUGGGAUGUCCACCCUUAUACUUUAUCUUGGAGAGCUUGCUCAGUCCCCUAGACUGUCUGCUCCUGUAGCUGAUAUCAUUGGAGCACUUGCUUAUUGUCUUAUGGUUUUUGAGCAGAGCCCUGAGGAGAAAAGCUUUGAUGCAACUGAAAUUGAAAAGAUCCUAAUAAUGCUUUUAAAACCUCGAGAUAAUAAGCUGGUACAGGAACGGAUUUUGGAGGCCAUGGCCAGUUUCUAUGCAAAUGUUCAUCUGUCGAGUACAACCUCUCAGCCAGAAGUUAAAAAAGUGCUAACAGGGCUCAUAACAUUGGCUUCUAGUGAUGCACAAGAGUUUUUGAUACUUUCUAUUAUACAAUUAUGCUGUGAGUCUGUGGAUAUCUGGGAAGCUAUUAAAAACAAAGAGGGAAUUCAGUUGUUAAUAUCAUUCUUGGGUUUGUCCAGUGAGCAGCAUCAAGAAUAUGCUGUAGAAAUGCUUAGGAUGCUUACCGACCAAGUUGAUGACAGCAAAUGGGCCAUUACUGGUUCCGGUGGCAUACCUCCACUAGUGCAGUUGUUAGAAAUGGGAUCUCAGAAGGCCAGGGAAAAUGCAGCAAGUGUACUUCUCAAUUUGUGCUCCCAUAGUGAAGAUAUUCGUAGUUGUGUGGAAAGUGCUGGGUCUGUACCAGCACUCUUGUGGCUUCUAAAGAAUGGUGGAUCAGAGGGGCAGGAAACUGCUGCUGAGAUCCUAAUGAUGCUUAUUCGGGAAGCAGACUCAGCAUCUAUUGAUCAGUUAAUGAUGCUGCUGUUGGGAGACUCCCCAAGCUCAAAAGCUCACAUAAUCAAGGUUCUAGGUCAUGUGCUUGGUGUGGCAUCAUACAGUGACCUUGCAGAAGAUGGUACUGCUGCUAACAAGGGAUUGAGAUCACUUAUUCAGGUUCUUAAUUCAUCAAGCCAGCGAAACCAACAGUAUGCUGCUUCUGUUCUGGCAGACUUAUUUCGCAGUCGUCAAGAUAUUUGUGAUAAUCUUGCAACAGAUGAAGUAAUUAAUCAUUGCAUAAAACUUUUGACUAGCAACAGUAAUCGUAAUGCAAAAGCAAUACAGUCAGCUCAUGCUUUGGGAGCUUUGUCUCGCCCUUCAAAGACAGUAUCUUCAAAAAAAAAGUCUUAUAUUGCAGAAGGUGAUGUUAAGCCAUUGGUUGAGAUAGCAAAGACAUCAUCAAUUGAUUCUGCAGAGACUGCUGUGGCUUCACUGGCCAAUUUGUUAUCAGAUCCUCAGGUAGCAGCUAAAGCACUGUCAGAAGACGUCAUUUCAGCUUUGACAAGAGGUUUGGGAGAGGGAUCAUUGGAGGGGAAGAAAAAUGCAUCACGUGCACUUCAUCAACUAUUAAGGCACUUUCCAGUGAGUGAUGUACUCACCAACAAUGCUCAGCGUCGAUUUGCUGUUCUUGCAAUUCUUGAUGCCGUAGAUGAAAUGGAUACAAAUUGGAAUGAUGUUCUUGAUGCUUUAGAUGUUGUCGGACUAUUGGCAAGGACAAAUCAAUCUAUAAACUUCAGUUAUCAGCUUUGGUCCACCCUUGCGGAGGCUCCUUCAGCGGUAAAGGUCCUUGUGAAGUGCCUAUCUGAUGGACCACCUGAAGUGCAAGACAAGGCGAUAGAGAUACUAUCUAGACUUUGUGGGGAUCAGCCAGUUGGGCUAAGUGAUGCAUUGGUAGCAAGGUCAAGGUCCAUCAUCGCAUUAGCUAAUAGAAUAAUGAAUUCAUCUAGUCUUGAAGUGAGAGUUGGUGGAUUAGCCCUGCUUAUUUGUGCUGCCAAGGAACACCGAGUCCAAUCAAUGGAUGCACUUGAUAUGUCUGGAUACUUGAAACCCCUUAUUUAUACUCUAGUAGAUAUGAUGAAGGAGCAAUCUAGUUGUAGCUCUCUAGAGAUUGAAGUUAAAACACCUAGGGGUUUCAGUGAAAAAAAUGAUUUUCAUGGAAUUCCUGAUCCGGCUACUGUUUUGGGAGGUACUGUUGCUUUGUGGUUGCUAUCUAUCAUGUCUUCUCAUCACCGAAAGAACAAACUAACAGUGGUUGAGGCUGGUGGACUGGAGGCUCUCUAUGAUAAGCUUACAUCUUUCAAUUUUAUUCAGCAGGUAGAAUCCCAAGAUGCAGAGGGCCUAUGGAUUAGUGCUUUACUCUUGGCUAUCUUAUUCCAGGAUUCAAAUAUUGCUCUCUCUCCAGUAGCCCUGAAAUUCAUCCCUUUACUUGAUCAUUUAUUGAAGUCAGAGGAAGUGAUUGACAGAUUCUUUGCUGCCCAGGCAAUAGCUAGUCUUGUUUCUCAAGGCAACAGAGAAAUCAACCUUGCCGUUGCAUACUUUGGUGUUGUUGCUGGAUUAGUUAGCCUACUUGGGCACGUAGAAUCUGAUAUGCCAAAACUUGUUGCUUUAUCUGAUGAUUUUUCUUUGGUCAAAAACCCGGAUCAAGUUGUUCUGGAACUCCUUUUCGAGAUGGAGGAUGUGCGGAUUGGUUCUACCGCAGAAAAGACCAUCCCGAUAUUAGUUGAUUUGUUGAGACCAAUGCCAGACAGACCAGGUGCACCUCCAUUCGUUGUUCGGCUUCUAACGAGAAUUGCAGAUGGAAAUGAUGCAAACAAAUUAGUCAUGGCAGAAGUAGGUGCAUUGGAUGCCUUGAGUAGAUACAUGUCCUUGAGCCCUCAAGAUUUGACUGAGGAUACAAUCUCUGAGUUAUUGAGAAUACUAUUCAGCAAUCUUGAGCUUGUUCAUCAUGAAGCAGCAAUUAGUUGCACAAACCAACUGAUCGCAGUUCUACAUUUGGGUUCAAGAAGUGCAAGAUUAAAUGCUGCUAAGGCUCUCGAGGAGCUUUUUGAUUCGGAAGAGGUCAGAAAUUCUGAAGCAUCAGCCCAAGCAGUUCAACCUAUGGUGGAAAUGCUCGGUUCUGCAUCCAGAAGCGAACAAGCAGCAGCGCUUGCUGCAUUGAUUAAGUUGACUUCAAAAAAUAGUUCUAGAGCAUCCUUAAUGGCAGAUGCUGAAGUAAAUCCUCUUGACCCCCUACUUAGAAUUCUCUCUUCUUCUUCCUCUUCGUUUGAAUUAAAAAGUACUUCUGCAGAGCUUUGCUCAGUGCUUUUUGGCAACUCAAAAUUCAGAGAAAUGCCGAUUGCAGCGGAUUUCAUAGACCCCCUUAUGACACUGAUACAGUCAGGGUCAGACAAAGCUCUUGAAUCUGGUGUUUGCGCCUUUGAGAAAAUGUUAGAUGAUGAGCAACUAGUGGAACUUGCAUCGGCAUAUGAUGUUGUUGAUCUUCUUGUUCAACUGGUUUCAGGUUCUAAUUACCGGCUUAUAAAUGCAAGCAUUUGUGCUCUUGUUAAGCUGGGAAAAGACAGGACUCCUCGCAAACUUGACAUGGUGAAAGCUGGCAUCAUUGAUAAUUGUCUUCAGUUACUCUAUUCUGUGCCAAGUUCAGUUUGCUCAACAAUUGCAGAACUUUUCCGCAUACUCACAAAUAGCAGUGCGAUUUCAAAGAGUCCAGUUAUCAUAAAAAUUGUGGAACCUCUUUUCAUGUUGUUACUUCGACCAGAUUUUGAUUUGCGGGGACAACACAGUGCCCUGCAAACACUCCUUAAUAUUUUAGAGAAACCACAAAGCCUAACAACCCUACAACUUACUGCCAGUCAAGUUAUUGAGCCACUGGUCACAUAUUUGGAAUCUCCAUCACAAGUUAUACAACAACUUGGGACCGAACUGCUAUCCCAUCUGUUGGAACAAGAGCAUUUUAUGCAAGAUAUAACAACAAAAGGUGCAGUUGAGCCCCUUGUACAUCUUGCAGGCAUAGGAAUAUUGAACUUACAGCAAGCAGCAGUAAAGGCAUUAAAGAGUAUUUCAUUAAGCUGGCCAAAGAGUAUAGCUGAUGCUGGGGGAAUUUUUGAGCUUGCUAAGAUAAUAGUUCAAGAUGAACCUGAACCAUCUGACACAUUGUUGGAAUCAGCGGCUCUGCUUCUUUCUAAUGUUUUGCGUUCUAAUGCAGACUACUACUUUGAGGUUCCUGUGGUGGUUCUAGUAAAAAUGUUAUAUUCCUCUCGGGAGAGCACAGUAGCUCUUGCUCUUAGUGCACUGGCUGUUCAAGAACGAACUGAUGCUGCAGUUGCCGAACUUAUGGUGCAAGCUGGGGCUGUUGAUGCUCUGCUAGAUCUCUUAAGAUCUCAUCAAUGUGACGAAGCAUCAGCAAGACUACUUGAAACGUUAUUCAAUAAUGCACAAAUACGAGAGAUGAAGGUAUCUAAAUAUGCCAUUGCUCCUCUAGCACAGUACUUACUGGACCCACAAACUCUAUCACAGUCAGGCAAGCUUAUUGCAGCUCUUGCUCUUGGCAACCUCUCUCAGCAUGAAGGACUUGCCAGAAUCAGCGAUUCUGCUUCAGCGUGUAGAGCACUGAUAACCUUGCUCAAAGAUCAGCCGACAAAAGAUAUGGCAAUGGUGUCUAUUUGUGCGCUACAAACUUUUGUUAUGCGUAGUCGAACCAAUAGAAGAGCUGUUGCUGAAGCAGGCGGCAUAUUGGUAAUUCAGGAAUUGAUUUUGUCUUCUAAUGCUGACAUUUCUGCACAGGCAGCGCUGCUCAUCAAGUUUCUAUUUUCAAAUCAUACGCUUCAGGAAUACGUAUCAAAUGAGCUUAUCCGGUCUCUGACAGCUGCAUUAGAGAGGGAAAUAGGCUCCAACGCAACCAUCAAUGAAGAGGUUUUGAAAACCAUACAUGUUAUGUUUGCCAACUUCCCUAAGCUCCAUAUUUCUGAAGCAGCUACUCUUUGUAUUCCUCCUCUGGUGGCUGCACUUCAAUCUGAUAAUGAGGUGGGAAAAGAUUGUGCACUGAACACUUUGUGUUUGUUGAAACAAUCUUGGCCAUCCAUUCCAAUUGAUGUAUCCAGAUCCCAAGCAAUGGUUGCCGCUGAAGCCAUUCCAUUUCUCCAAAAACUCAUCGAAACUUGCCCACCCAGUUUCCAUGACAGAGCAGAGAACCUCCUGCAGAGCUUACCUGGUUGUUUAACGGUCACCAUCGAACGUGCAAAUAACCUUAAGCAAGUUAUGGGUGGUACAAAUGCCUUUUGUCGAUUAACUAUCGGCAAUGGUCCGGCAAGGCAGACAAAAGUUGUGAACCAUAGCACUUCCCCAGAAUGGAAAGAAAGUUUCACAUGGGCCUUCGAUGUACCACCAAAGGGCCAGAAGCUUUAUAUAAUAUGUAAAAGCAAAAGUACUUUCGGAAAGACAACCCUAGGGAAAUUGACGAUUCAAAUCGACAAAGUUGUGAGUCAGGGGACACACAUUGGUCAGUUCAACCUAAGACAUGAUAGCAACAAAGAUAGCUCAUCCCGAACAAUUGAACUUGGUAUUACGUGGGCUAACAGGCUAUCGGACAAAAGUGUGUAAAUGAGAACAAGAUCAUUCCUCGGACAUUUCAAGGCAGAUUGAAGUGUUAACGACUGACGACUUGACCGUGUUUAAGAGGCGGUAUAUGUCAUCAAAAGGUGACGCGAAAGACAGGCUGGCCGGUGGUAAGUUAGUCUGCACUUCUGCAUAAUGCCAAGCCUGAAAAGAUAUGCCACUUCGUGCAAUGUAAAUUAUUGAAAUAUUUUUGUAAGGGUAGAGAACAUGGAGAAUGACAGGGGAUAGUUGUUGAUGGAGAGUGCUGUUGUACAUGUGUAUAUGUAAAUGUCAUCCUGAAUACCAAUUCAGAGAAAACUGGUUGCAGUGAGAGCGAGCUUUUGCCAUUGUAGCCCCUUUUUCAUGGCUGGAAUGGUUGGAGCUAUUUGCUUUCAUUUGUACCAUCCAGCACAAAUUACCAUUAAAAAAAAGCAUAGAUUGUUGAUGAUGGGAAA